CCCCCUCCCUGUGCCAGCGGCUCUCUGGAGUGUCGCCGCGACCCCGUUUUCAACCCGCCACGGUGGGAGUGUGGGGUCGCUCUCUGUCUGUCCGGAUCCGCACAUCCUUGCUGACGCCGAUCGCGAUCGAUCAGCUGCGACGGCACGGAGCCAGGCAGCCCCCGGUCCCGCUGCCUGGCGUCCCGGGGCCAGCUCUCCCUGCCAGCCAUGCCGGGCUGGUGUGGACCCGGCACGGAGCUCGGCUGAGGCUUCUGCUUGGGGGUGGCUUCCCAGUGACUGCAGGCGCUCGGACUCUCUAUGGGGCCUCCGUGAGACCCAGCCGGCUGCCUCCACCCCGCUGCCACGCGGGACGGGUCAGCCCCGGCCCUUCUUGCCUCUCUCCGGCAUGGAUCUCCUGCAGAAGAGCAAAUACAGCCACCUGCGGAACGAGUCUGUCUCCUCUCUGGAGGAGGCCAUGGGGGGCCUGGGGGUCCCGGCCUCUCCCGUGGAAUCCCUCGCAGGCACACGGUCUCUGCCUGGCUCCCUGUCCUCCUCCUCCCUCGGCCCCGCGACGCCUCUCGGGGAGCUCACACCCGAGUCGGAGGACAGCCCCACCACCCUCUGCUCCUUCUUCCCCAAAAUGGCCAACCUGAAGCUCUCAAACCCCGCCAACCUGCUCAGCCUGCGGGGCUCCUCGGCCGGCGGCAGCCCCGGGGAGCCUGGCCCUGCCGGGACACUGGCACCGGCACCAGCAGGGGCUGCUGGACCCGACUCAGCGGGACCUGUCCCUGUCUGUUCCCAGGAUAUGAACAAGUUGAGCUGCGGGAAGAAGACGCGGGUGGAAGGCGGCCAGCUGGGGGGUGACGAAUGGACCCGCCACGGCAGCUUCGUCAAUAAGCCCACCCGAGGCUGGCUGCACCCGGAUGACAAGGUCAUGGGCCCUGGGGUCUCCUACCAUGUCCGGUACAUGGGCUGUGUGGAAGUCCUCCAGUCCAUGAGGGCUUUGGAUUUCAACACCAGGACGCAAGUCACCAGGGAGGCCAUUGGGCUGGUGUGCGAGGCUGUGCCCGGUGCCAAGGGAGCUGUGAGGAGGAGAAAGCCUUGCGGCCGCUCCCUCAACUCCAUCCUGGGCAAGAGCAACCUGAAGUUCGCCGGCAUGCCCAUCACCCUGACCAUCUCCACCAGCAGCCUCAACCUCAUGGCUUCUGACUGCAAGCAGAUCAUUGCCAACCACCACAUGCAGUCCAUCUCCUUCGCCUCUGGGGGAGACCCGGACACAGCCGAGUACGUCGCCUAUGUUGCCAAAGACCCCGUCAAUCAGAGAGCCUGCCACAUCCUGGAGUGUCCGGAGGGCUUGGCGCAGGACGUGAUCAGCACCAUUGGGCAGGCCUUUGAGCUGCGCUUCAAGCAGUACCUGAAGAACCCCCCAAAGCUGGUAACACCCCACGACAGGAUGGCAGGGUUUGAUGGCUCUGCCUGGGAUGAGGAAGAGGAGGAACCAGCACUGGAUCACCAGUACUACAAUGACUUCCCCGGCAAGGAGCCUCCCAUUGGGGGAGUCGUGGACAUGCGGCUGCGGGACGGGGCUGCUCAGACCCCCAAUCACUUGGGGGCCACGCUGCCCGUCGGCCAGACGUCUGGCGGGGACUAUGACCCCCGGAAGCAGCACACUCCUGCUCAAGCAGGGAGAGAGAAAUACCCGGCUCCGAUGGGUGCAUCCGGCCGCACAGACUUGUUUGAUGACCCAUCUUACGUCAACGUGCAGAACAUGGACAAGACACGCCAAGUGUCAGCCACCGGCACCCCCGCUACAGCCAACGGCAGCGCCCAGAGAGACCUCUUUGACAUGAAACCCUUUGAAGAUGCCCUGCGUGUCCCCCCGUCCGUGCCCGUGGGGCUGCCCCCUGCCCAGGUGGUGGCUUCCAUGGAGGAGCAGCUGAGACGGGAGCCCUGGUACCACGGGAAGAUGAACCGUAAGGAGGCUGAGAAGCUGCUGAAGGUGAACGGAGACUUCCUGGUGCGGGAGAGCACCACCACCCCGGGCCAGUACGUGCUGACCGGCUUGCAGGGCGGGCAGCCCAAGCAUCUACUGCUCGUCGAUCCCGAGGGAGUGGUGCGGACGAAAGACCACCGCUUCGAGAGCGUCAGCCACCUCAUCAGCUACCACAUGGACAAUCACCUGCCCAUCAUCUCAGCCGGCAGUGAGAUGUGCCUGCAGCAGCCGGUGGAGAGGAGACUCUGAGCGCCCGGGGGGCCCCGGUGUGCAGACCCCCCCCCCCCCUCCCCACCGGCCCCGCUCCCUGCCCCAGGGAGCCCUCGGACUCUCAGCUGGGUGCUCUGCCCAGGACUGAGUGUGGACUUGGCCGGAGAUGGGCUCUGUCCCCCUCUGCCACAUGGAGCUGGUGGCUGUGGGGGGCACGGGCAGCGUGGGGUGAGCUGCCUGCAGGGUGGGGGGGCCCGUUUUUGCCAAAGCCCCUGCCUCCUCCCAGCUCCAGCCUUUGCACAGCAGCUCAGCUCCUACCAAACCCCGGGCCCUGGCCGCUCUCGUGCUCACCAGUGUGGGCACGGGCUCAGGGCUGGUGGAGCUGAGCCCCCCACCCCACUCCACGAGUUGUGGGGGGGCAGGCCAGCCUAGUCCCCUGCCCCUGGGCCAUGGAGGGGGGGACUGCGGGGGGGCUCUGCUCCCCCAGGCACAAGGCCUGGCCAGCCCCGCACCCACCGUACCCGAUCACUUUAUGUGUUAACUCUGUGCCUUGACCCCGCAGGUCCCACACUUAUGCAAUGCUGUGGGGUGGGGGGGGCCGGGGGCAGAGCCCCCCCCUCUUUCCAUGCUCCCAGUCCCCACUGUGCUCCUUCCUGGGACAUGCUCCUCUGCACCCCCCACCCUCCCUGCACCCCCCCCCCCCGGGGGCACAGCUGGGCACAGCUGGCUCUAGCAGCCCGGAGGGGGGGGGGGGGGGGGGGCAGUGGGAAGGUGUCACCCCUGUCACCCCCCUGCCUUGCAUGCACGGUGUUACUCCCCCCCACCCCCUUCCAAGCCAAAGUGCAGCCCUGGCCCCACCGUGGGCCCCGCUAUACCAAAGGAACUGGCGGUUGGUAUUAAAGUUGGUAUUUCUCUA